AUGGCAGACGGAACUAAACCUCCUCGUUAUGUCGAUAUCGGCAUCAACUUGAGUGAUCCUAUGUUCAGUGGCACUUAUCACGGAAAGCAAGCUCAUGAAUGUGAUUUGGACGAUGUGAUCCAACGUGCUCGGGACGUGGGCUGUGAAAAGUUCAUGGUCACAGGUUCAGACCUCGUUGAGUCCGAAGAGGCUGUGAAAAUCGCCCGUAACUACCCCGGAUUUUGCUACGCUACAGUCGGUGUGCACCCUUGUCAAGCCAAGAUGUUCGACGAGCACCCCGAAGGACCCGCAAAGAUGCUCGAAGAGCUCCGAAAGCUAGCAAUCGAGUCCAAGGAAUCUGGUUUCGCCGUUGCAUUUGGUGAAAUCGGUCUUGACUACGACAGACUAUUCCACAGUGCAAAGGAGCCCCAAUUGAAAUACUUCGAGGCUCAACUAGACCUUGCGAUCGACAUUGGCAUGCCUCUCUUCCUCCAUUCUCGUGCUGCGAGUGAGGACUUCGAGAGGUUGAUUGGCGAGAAACUUCCUCAUUUGCCAAAAGGCGGUCUUGUGCACAGUUUUACGGGAACGAUGGAGGAGAUGCAGAGACUGGUUGCUUUGGGUCUUGAUAUUGGGAUUAAUGGGUGUAGUAUGAAGACUGAGGAGAACCUGGAGGUUGUGAAGGCUGUUCCACUAGAACGACUCCAGAUUGAGACGGAUGGUCCUUGGUGUGAAAUCCGCCCUUCACAUGCCUCGGCUAAAUUUUUGACUGGCGCUCCGGAAUUACCAAAGGCUGUCAAGAAGGAGAAAUGGCAGAAGGGCUUGAUGGUUAAGGGCCGAAACGAGCCUGUUGCCAUUGCUCGUGUCGCUCACGUUAUUGCUGAGGUCAAAGGCAUUUCCGUUGAGGAAGUUUGUGAAGCUGCCUGGAAUAACUCGAUCAGAAUGUUCGGUCUGGGAGAGACUCUGUAA